AUGCAAUCUGUCCUUGUAGCUGCUAGCCUCCUCUGUCUCUCACUCCUCCAGGGUGUCCUUGCCGCUCCUACUCCUCUUCCGACCGACCAAGAAUUCUCGAAACAAGCCGAGCCAAACGUGUCUUUAGACAAACGUCAACUAAUGAGCUAUCCCGGUUUUGCCAAUACUUUUUACAAUCCUUACUUUGGUAAUCGGUUUUACUCUGGCAGUUCCUCCGGGUUCAAUUCGCAAAGCUACUCGGAUUCCGUUUCCACCUAUUCGCCUUGGGGAUCCUACAAUUACCUCAGUCGAGGAAAUCAGAUGAAUUCCUAUUCGAACAACUUCAGUGGCCUCUACGCGAAGGACGCCGAUCACACCAAGCCCACCAACGCUUCGUGA